AUGAAUCGGCGAAGGGACGAUGAUGGACCUCCAGAAUAUAUCGUUGGUAAGCUAGCGACCGUGUUAUUUUGCAAUGGUGCCAUUGUAUUUCGCUCUAUUUUUGUGUGCGUUUGUGUUGCAGAGGUGGGCUAUUUUACGCAUAAAUGCGAAAACGACAUUGUCUGCCAUAAUACUUCUGGGAAAAUUCCACAUUUCAAUGCCAGGAUAUUUUUCGAUAACAAAGAACAAAUUGGCAGUGUGGACGAGAUUUUCGGUGGAUUAAAAGAUAAUGGUUUCACGGUAAAAUUGGCCAAUGGUCUGAAGGCUAGUUCAUUUGAGCAAGAUCAGGUACUGUACAUUGAUCCAAACAAACUGUUACCCAUCGAACGAUUCCUUCCAAACGGAGCUGCCAGACGUGGACGGGGGCAAACUCGUGGUGGUGGCCCGGGACGCGGUGGUCGUGGUGGACGUGGCGGUGGCGGCCGAGGUGGAUUUCGAGGUGAAAAUUUGAAUUUGAAUCUUAUCUUCAUAGAUUUUCUAUUAAUAUUGCUGAUUUGA